AUGGAUGGGGAGGAGUUUGAGACAGGCCGUAUCCAGGUGCUUCAGGAGCAGCGUAUGGCUGUCCAGAAGAAGACCUACACCAAAUGGAUGAACAGUGUCUUCACCAAGAACGGGGAGAAGCUGUCCCUUAGUGAUGUGUACACAGAGCUGAAGACAGGGGUCCCCCUGGUCCGUCUGUUAGAGUUCAUCUCCAGGGAGAAGCUGCCCACCCCCAGCCGACGCACCCUACGGGUCCACUGCCUGGAGAACAACAGCAUCGCCAUCAACUUCCUCAAGACUAAGAUUCGUGUGGAUCUGAUUGGCCCUGAGAACGUUGUGGAUGGAGACCGGACCCUGAUCUUGGGCCUGCUGUGGAUCAUCAUCCUACGCUUCCAGAUCGGAGCCAUCAAUCUCGAUGAGGCAAGUGGUGGUGCCAGCAACGCCCGUCGUUCUGCCAAGGAAGCUCUUCUGAUCUGGUGCCAGCGUAAAACAGCAGGAUACUCCAACGUCAAUGUGCAGGACUUCUCAGGAAGCUGGAGGAAUGGGCUGGCAUUCAACGCCCUCAUUCAUGCCCACCGACCUGACCUGUUUGAUUAUAAUCGUUUGCGUGAGGAGGACCCUAAGAGGAACCUGGGCCAUGCCUUCACUCUGGCCGAGAAUGAGUUUGGCAUCCUCCAGCUGCUGGAUGUGGAGGACAUCGAUGUUAAACACCCAGAUGAGAAGUCCGUCAUGACCUACGUAUCUCUCUACUACCACUACUUCUCCAAGAUGAAGCAGGGACAGACCAUCCAGAAGAGACUGGCCAAGAUCGUGGGUCUCCUGAAGGAGCUAGAUGAUCAGAAGAUCCUGUAUGAGAGAAUGGUGUCUGACCUCCUGCGGUGGAUCAAGACCAAAGUGGUGGAGCUUAACGACCGCUCCUUCCCCAACUCCCUGAGGGACAUGCAGCAGCUGGUGGCCUCCUUCAAGACCUACCGCACCGUGGAGAAACCCCCCAAGUACCAGGAGCGAGGGGCCAUCGAGGAAAACUUCUUCAGCCUGCGCACCAAGCUCAUGGCCAACAACCAGUGGGCCUACGUUCCCCCGGAGGGGAAGAACCUGGGGGACAUUGAGAAGAACUGGGCCUUAAUGGAGCGGGCGGAGCAUGAGAGAGAGGACGCCCUCCAGAGGGCGUUGCUAAGGCUGGAGCAACUGGAGCAGCUGGCCCAGAAGUUUGGCAGGAAGGCAGUGCUGAGGGAGGGCUAUCUGGAGGACACAGCACAGCUGAUCAGCAGACAGGACCUGAGGGGGUUAAACAGCCUGGAGGAGGCCCAGGCUGCAGCCCGGAGACUGGAGGCCCUGGGGACAGACACCCUGGCUAGGGAGCCUCGCUUCAGAGCCCUCAGCGACAUGGCGGCUGUCAUUGAGAAGGGGAACUACCACAGCAAGGCCCAAGUCAUCCGGAGAGAGGUGAGCAUCACAAAGCGCUGGAAAGACAUCCUGUUUCAGUUGCAGCAGAAGAGAGAGCAGCUGGGGGACAUUGUGAACACACUGAGCGUCCUCAGGAACAUCGAACUGGUUGCCCAGGAGCUCAGAGAUCUACAGGUUUUAGCAGGGUCCUCUGACAUUGGGAAGCAGCUCCCAGAGGUGGAGGCCCUGCUUCAGAAACAGGACCUGCUGGAAACCCAGAUCUCUGCUCAUGGAGAGACUCUGAGUGCCAUCAGUAACAGUGCCUUAAAGGGGACACACCGAGAUGCACAGCAGAUCCAGACCAGGGUCAAAUCACUCAACGCUCAGUACAACUCUCUGGUGGCCCUUAGUAAGAACAGGAGGAAAAUGCUGGAGGGCCAGUUGAAGCUGUUUGAGUUUUUCCACGACUGUGAGGAGGUGGAGGCGUGGAUCUAUGAGAGGUGGCUUCCCCUUCAGUCUGCCAGUCUGGGCAGAGACCUCAGCCAGAUCCAGCUGGCAAUUCAGAAACACAAGGUUCUUGAAGCUGAGGUGCAGUCCCAUGAGUCUCUGUGCUCAGGGGUCGUGAGCAGAGGUCAGGAGAUGUGCAGAGGGAAACACCCCAGUGAGGAGCACAUCCAGAAGUCGCUCCGGACCCUGAAGAAACAGUGGGAGCACCUGAAGGAUGAAGUGGUCAAUCGCAAAAACAGACUGCAUGCAGCCACCGUUAUCAAACAGUACUUUGCUGAUGUGACGGAGGCCAACUCGUGGCUGAGCGACAGGAAGCCCCUUCUGAUCAGCGAGGAUUAUGGGAAGGAUGAGUCCUCCACCAGCGCCCUGCUGCAGCGCCACCUACGGCUGGAAAAGGAGAUGGGAGCGUACGUCGUCGAAGUGAAACGCUUGGGAGAACAGGCCAAGGGAGCCUCUCAGCUGGCCCCACUCACAGCUGAGGCCCAGCAGAACAAGAUGCCCCAGUACAGUGAGUCCUCUGGUGAGGAGGAGGGGGGAGUGACCACUCCUGGGAGAGUGACCUCCCUCAGAGGCGCAAGGAUCACUCAGACAUCUACCCAGACCCAUACGCAGGAGGCCAAGGCCAAGAUCAGGUUUAAAUACACACGAGGUGUGAUGGUGUGGGACCGUGGGGAAAUCGUGACUAUCCUCAACAGAGACAAUGAGGAUAAGUUUCUAGUGAGGGACAGCGAAGGCAACGAACAGCUGGUGCCAAAGACGUACCUCACAGAACUCCCAUCAUCUACAAACAUGCCCUCUACACCACCUCCAUCCACCAACGGGGUUGCUGAAAGCCCCACUAAGAGGGUGAACCGGGCGCGUCGCAGACGUUCCAUACGCCGGGGGACCGCUGAGAUCCAGUCCUCAUCGAUUCCUGAUCCACAUUACCAGAGAGAAACCAUAGAGAGCACCCAGAGCAGUCUAGACCGGGACUUCAACAGCCUGCACAACCUGGCUAAUUCCAGGAGGAAGACUCUGGAGGAGACGGUUCGGUUGCACCGCUUCUACAACACCUGUGAGGAGUUUGAGUCCUGGAUGGAGGACAAGGAGAACAUCCUUAACACCUUCAGUCCUAACUCUGACAACGUGGGAGUGGUGCAGGCCAAAUAUGAGAACUUUCUGACCGAGCUGGCGAGUGGGAAGGGCCAGCUUGAUGAUAUCACCAGACUGGGGGAGGAGCUAGUGAAGAGCAGACACAGUAAACACAGAGAGAUACAGGCCAAGCAAGGACAAGUCACCCGCAGGUGGGAGCGCAUGCAGAAGCUGAAGGAUGAGAAGUGCCAUGAGCUGCUGAGUACGGCGGACGUGCAAUCCUUCCUCCAGAGCUGUGAGGAGGCCCGGGCCCAGCUCAUGGAGCAGCUCACCCAGCUGGACACUGUGGACGGUGUGGGUACUACCUCCACAGCCCUGGACACUGAGGAGAGGGCCCAGGCUCAGGCACUCAGAGACAUACAGGCCCUGGAGAGGAAGAUUGCAUACCUCAAGAGUGUGGCUAAAAUGAAGCAGGACUGCAGCCCAGCGGAGGCUGCAGCCAUCAUGGAGGAGGUGCGGGGCCUGGAGGCUCUGCUGCAGCAGGUGAAGGGCCAGGCCUCAGAGAGACAGAGGCUUCUGGAGGAGGCCAAGCGGCUGCAGCUGUUUCAGCAGGAGACCAGGGACCUGCUGCUGUGGGCCGGGGCCGUCCAGGACCGCCUACUGGAGGACGACACAGCCUCGGACGUGACCUCCGCUCAGACCCUCCUGAAGGACAACCAGGAUCUGAGGAUAGAGAUCGACGAGCAGAGGGAGAGGAUGAAAGACAUGGAGAAACUUGGAAAGUCUCUUGAGGAACAAUCAAGGGGAAACCGAGGUGUGAAGGACAUCCAGCAGACGCUGGGUAAGCUGAGCCAGGAGUGGACCAAGCUGGACAAACUGUGGGGCAGUAGGAACAGGAGACUGGAACAGGGGGUGGAGCUACAGAAGCUGAACCAGGAGGCUGACCGUAUCGAGGCAGCCCUGUCUGGGCAUGAGGCCAGGCUGAAGGUCAAAGACCUGGGGGACUCUGUAGACAACGUCCACAGUCUGUUGGGCAGACAGGAGGAACUAGAGGGCCUGCUGAAGGCUCUGGACCAACAGAUCAGCCUCUUCCAAGACAAGAGCAAGGAACUCAUCAACAAACGACACUUUGCUGCCAAACAAAUACAGGAGAGGUCACAGAACAUUCAAGAGCGCAAUACGAAGCUUGGAGAGAGCUGCAAACAAAGACGGAACCUCCUGCUUGAUUCACAUAAGUAUCAGGAGUUCAAGAGAGAUGCGGAGGAAAUGCUGUUGUGGAUGGAAGAGAAAUUCAAGAUAGCUGAAGACGAGUCGUACCGUGACCCUACCAAUAUCCUCCGCAAGCUGAAGAGACAUGAAGCAGCUGAGAAAGAGAUGCAAGCUAACCAAGUGUGGCUAGACAGACUCACACAGUUGGGGGAGGAGAUGCUGUCGGAGGACCACUAUGAGAGCCAGAGCAUCAGGAGGACGUCGACCCAGGUUAACAGUCGCUGGGUCAGCCUCCAGGGGAAGAUGACUGAGAGAGGAGACAAGCUGAGACAGGCCGGACAGCAGGAGCAGCUCAUGGAGUUACUACAGGAUGCCAAGCUGAAGAUCGAGGCCAUCCAGAGGAUGUUGCAGAACGCAGCCAAAGGGCACGACCUUCGCUCCAGCCGCCAGCUGUUGAAGGAGCACCAGCAGCUAGAGACGGAGGCCCAGGAACUGGCUGACAAGAUCAACACCAUCGUCACCCGGGCCAAGCACCUUGCCACGAAUCACUUUGACUCCCAGAGGAUCCUUCAGGAGACAGAUACGUACAUGAAGCUGUUCAAGUCGCUGCAGAAGCCUCUGGAUCAUCGCAGGGCCCAGCUGGAGGCAUCCGUGGCUCUGUUUGGCUUCUAUCAUGACGUUGACCUAGAACUUUCCUGGAUCACAGAACACUACCCAUCCACUGGCUCCACAAACUAUGACAAGUCCCUGGCAGGGGCUAUCAACCUCAUGCAGAAACAUAAGGAGCUGCAGGCAGAAGUGAACGCCCACUGUAAACACUUGAACCGGGUCCUGGAGAAGGGGCGGAGCCUGGAAAAGUCCAGCCAAUAUAAUGGAGAGGAAGUCCAGCAGAGGAAUACACACCUGGCCACAGAGUGGAAGGAGCUAGAGGCAGCCUGUGACAAGAGGGCCAUCCACCUGAACAGGGCCAUCACUAGAGAACAGAUCUUGCUUGACUGUGCGGAGCUGGAAACCCGUCUCUCUGAGACUCUAGCGUUGGUCAGCACUGAUGAGUAUGGCAAGAACGAUCUAGCCACCCAGAGCCUUAUCAAGCAGCAUCAGGCGGUGGAGGGGCAGAUGGAGGUGCUGGAGGCCCAGGUGGAGGAGCUGGGGGAUAGUGUGGAGUCAGCCGUCCAUGAGUGGAACCUGGAAGAGGUCAACAGACCAUACAGCCGCAUCAGCAGUCAGAUGAGCCAGCUGCAACACCAAGCCCAAAUCAGGGGCCAGAAGCUGAGGGAGGCUCUCCACCUCCAUGAGUUCAGACGGGAGUCUUCAGAGCUGGACGACUGGAUCACACAGCAGAGACAGAUAGCCUCCUCUGAGGACUACGGAAAUGACUACGAACAUGUAUUGCUACUGAAUGGUAAAUUUGAGGCCUUCCUGAAGCAGUUAGACGUGGGUUUUGAUAGGAUGCGGAGCUGCAAAGAGCUUGCUGAUAGGCUCAUUCAACAUAAGCAUCCUCAGGCUUCCACCAUCAGGGACAUACAACAUCAACUCAGCGUGUCAUGGAAGGAGCUGCAGGACUUGGCCAAAGACCGCAAAGACCGUUUACUCAAAGCCGAGGAGUGUCACAAGUUUUACAGAGAUCUUACCGAUGCCUUAGGACAUAUUGAGGAGAGGUACAAGAGCAUUCCUGAUGACAUCGCCAGGGACCUGCGAGGGGUGCUGUUGCAGCUUCGUAAACACGAGGCUCUAGUCCACGUGCUAGCAGGGAACGAGCAGCAGCUCCAGGAGCUGUUGGAUAUGGCAGACUCCACCCUGAACCUGUGCUCCCCAGAGAUGAGGGUUCUCCUGCAGGAGCAGCAGCAGGAGGUGGUGGAGCACUGGGAGAAGCUGCGCCUCCACAUGGACCAGAGGGAGGGAGACCUCAAACGGGCACGCCAACGCUACCUUUUCCUCAACACGGUCCAGGACUAUGCUCUGUGGUGUGCCCAGGUGCUGAGUGGGAUGACAGCGGAGGAGUCUAUUAGAGACGUGGCCACCUGUGACCUGCACCUGGCCCAGCACCAGCAGCUGUGGGCUGAGAUCGUGGCCCGGGAGGAGACCUACGACCAGGCAGUGGCCAUGGGGCAGGAGCUGCAGGAGCAGGACAGACACAACGCCAGAGAGGUCCAGGAUAAGCUGAGUGGUCUACAGGAGGAGAGGGACUCACUUCAUGGCCACUGGGAGAGGAAACAGAGGGGCCUGGAGGGGACCCAUCUGGAACAGGUCUUCUACAGGGACACAGCGAGCAUGGAGAAGAUCACCAACUCACAAGAGAUCCUUCUGAAGAACAGUGAUCUGGGGACGUCAGUUGAUGAGACAGAGGGACUCAUAAAACGCCAUGAAGCCUUUGAGAAACUCCUCAGCACUCAGGAGGACAAGAUAUCAUUGCUGAAGGACCUUGCUGAGAGACUGAAGAAGGAAGACUUCAGUCGUGAGAAAGCCGGCCGCAUCCACAGCAAGCUGAAGGCCCUCCUGGAGAGGCGAAGCAGGAUUAAGGGGCUGUCAAUCAAACGCAGAGAGGAGUUGGCCAUCUCCAGGCUGCUCUGCAUCUUCAACCGCAAUGCUGCUGAGGCUGAGGAGUGGGUGUUGGAGCGUAUGCAGAAGAUGCAGGAUGACUCCAAGGUGGACCUGAGCAACCUGCAGACCAAGAUGAAGCUGCUCCAGAAACAUCAAGUCUUCGAGGCAGAGAUUCUCUCCCACAGCAGAAUCAUUGACUCAGUGCAGCUGGCUGGUGAGGAGCUGGUGUCUCUGCAUCACCCUAAGUCCCAGGAGGUUCGUCGUAGUGCUGCAGCUCUGGAGAAACACUGGGAGGAGCUGAAGCUAGCCGUGGCCGCCAGGGGGAAGGUUCUAGAAGACAACAGAGACUUCCUGGAGUUCCUGCAGAAGGUGGACCAGGUAGAGGUCUGGAUCAGACAGAAGGAGGUGAUGAUAAACAUAGGGGAUGUUGGCACAGACUAUGAGCAUGGGCUCCAGCUGCUGAAGAAACUCAAUGAGUUUAGAGGAUCAGGCUCUGGGGAAGUCACAGUGGAUGAUGCUCACAUCAAGGCCAUCAACAACCUGGCUGCUCGGCUGGAGAGGCAGGACAGUGACGAGCUGGCCACUGUGAAACAGCGCAGACAGCAGCUUAAUGACAGAUGGAGUAAGUUCCAUGGCAACCUGAGCAGCUAUAAGAAGAAGCUGGAGGCAGCGCUGGUGAUCCACUCUCUAAUCAGAGAACUGGAUGAAGUCCGGGAGAGAGCCAAUGAGAAGAUGCAGCUGCUGCAAGGCCAGGACUGUGGCUGGGAUGUGGAGAGUGUGGAGAAUCUGAUACGACGCCAUGAGGAGACUGAACGCGAGGCUGGAGUCAUACAGGAAAGGGGCAAGGCACUGGAAAAGGACACCGCUGACCGCCUGAAAGCCCAGUCUGUGAUGGCCGACAAACUGAGCAAAAAGCAGAAAGAGGUCAAAACCGGCCUUGUGAAGCUGGAGAAGGACGUUAAACUCAGGAAGGAGAGGCUGCAGGAGGCUCACCAGCUGCAGCUUUUCAAGGCUAACCAGCGCCUCCUACUGGACUGGACCCUGAAGCAGAGCUCUGAGAUGGGAGAGAAAGGCCUGCCCAAGAGCAAGAACGAGGCAGAGCGAUUCAUAGUAGAACAUCAAGAUUGGAAGACUGAGAUUGAUGCACGGGGGGAGCGUAUCGACUCUGUUAGAGACUUUGGCCUGAGUCUGGUAAAGUCUGGACACAGCUCAUCAUCAGAGAUCAAGAAGUCUCUGACCAAGCUGGAAGAGGCCAAAAUGGGUCUGAGCCAGACCUGGCAGGACAGGAAGAAGACUCUGGAUCAGGCUCUAGGCCUACAGAUAUUCCUUGGCUACAUGGAUCAGAGUGAGAGCUGGUUGAGUAACAAGGAGGCCUUUCUGGCUAAUGAAGACCUUGGGAGUUCUCUAUCUGACGUGGAGACCCUACAGAGAAAGCAAGCCCUGUUUGAGAACACCCUGGAUGCUCAGAUGGAGCAGGUGGAAGGAGUGGAGCGGUUCGCCCAACAGCUGAUCCAGCAGAAACACUUUGACUCAGACAAUAUCAAGAGCAAGAGCAAGUCUGUGCUGCUCAGAAAAGGAAAACUGUUGGAAAUGAGUAAGGUUCGCCGGAAGGCUCUGGAAGAAUCUCUACAACUCCAGAAGUUCCUGGGUAGCAGCUAUGAGGUGUGCUCGUGGCUCAAUGAGAGGAAUGCAGUGGCCCUGGAUGAAAGCUGGAGAGACCCCAUCAACCUCCAGGCCAAACUACUGAAACACCAGAGCUUUGAGGCUGAGAUCUUAGCGAACCGUAACCGAGUUGACGCUCUUACUAAGGAGGGAGAGAGAAUGAUAGCAGCGGGUCACUCCACUCCUGGGAAGAUCAAACCGUGGCUGAAGGAUCUUAACCAUGGCUGGGACCAGCUCCUCAACAACUGUAAAGAGAAGAAAUCUCGUCUGCAGCAGGCCUACCAGGCUUUACAGUUCCAGCGUUCUCUGGACGACAUAGAGGAGUGGCUUAGGUCCGUAGAAGUUGAAGUAACCAAUGAGGACUGUGGCACUGACCUCCCGUCAGUCAGCAGGCUGCUGAAGGCUCUACAGGGCCUGGAGGAGGUGGUGGAUGGCUAUCUGGAGAGGGUCCAGGGCUUAGUGGAUACAGCCAAGGACUUCAGCUCCAAGGGCAACUUCCUGGCCCAGGAGAUCCAGCAACGAGUAGGCCAAACUGUCAAUAGAUAUAACAGCCUGGCUGAGCCAUUGCAGAACCGACGGGAGACCUUAGAAUCCUGGCAGCUGUUGUUCCAGUUCUACCGUGACAUGGAGGAUGAGCUGGUCUGGGUCCAGGACAAACUGCCCUCUGCCUCCUCCAAAGACUGGGGAACCUCCCUACAGAGCACUCAGUCUAUGGUCAAAAAACAUCAGGCUGUGGUGCAAGAGAUAGCGAGCCGUACCCCUCUGGUGCAGGCUGUCCAGGACGCAGGGCAGAACCUGGUGAGGGGCAGACACUUUGCCUCGCAUGAGAUCAGCGAGAAGCUGGCUGAGCUCAAGAAGAUUUUUGAGAGCCUGAGGAGAGAGUCAGAGAACAAGGGCCAACUGCUGCAGGAGGCUCUGAAGAUACAGACCUUCCUCUCUGAGGUUUCAGAACUAGAGCUGUGGAUAGAUGAGCAGAGACCCACGUUAGAGUCCAAAGACUUUGGGAAGAGCGAGGAGGCCACCGAGGUCUUCCUGAGGAAGCUGGACUCUAUAGACCUGGACCUGGAGAACCAGCAGCUGAAAGUAGAGUCUCUUCAGGAGACUGGCGCUAAACUGGAGCACUGUGGCCACCCCAACAGCCAUUUAGUGAGUAAGAGUCUUCCAGACAUGCUGGAUGAGUAUGAGAGUCUUCUGCGUCUCUCUGCCUCACGACGGGCAGCUCUGGAGGACCAGCUGAACCUCUAUGUGUUUGAGAGAGAGGCCCGGGAGCUGCAGAACUGGCUGUGCUCCCGCAAGACCCUGGCUGAGUCAGAAGACUUUGGACAAGACCUGGAGGACGUGGAGGUGUUGCAGAAGAAGUUUGAAGACUUUGUGGCUGAGGUUAACACGCUGGGCCAGAGUAAACUCAGCACUGUUCAACAACUACGACAGGAGGUGAAAUCUGCUGAAGGCCACAGACGAGAGGCAGCGCUGCACAAAUUAUGGGAUGACCUCAACCAAAAUGUGAAGACUAGAGCGGAGAACCUGAAGUCUGCCCGAGAGGUGCACCAGUUUGACCAUGACGUGGACGAGCUGAAGGGUUGGAUGAGUGAGAAGGAGGUGGUGUUGGACUCUGACGACCACGAUCAUGAUCUACUCAGUAUCCAGGCACUCAUCAGACAACAUGAAGGACUGGAGAGAGACUUGGCGGUCAUCGAGGGGGAGGUGUCUCGGACUAAAGAGGAGGGGCGGGGCCUAAACAGGAAGUACCCCCAGGUGCGGGCCAGUCUGAGUGAGAGACUACAGGAAGUGGAGGAGAGCUGGGCUAGUCUGCAGGCCAAGGCCAUCCAACGCAGGAAGAGACUGGGGCAGGCUGAGGCUGUGCAGAGAUACCUCACAGAGUGGACUGAACUCAUGGCAUGGCUGAAAGAGACCCUGUCCCUGGUGAGAGGGGAGGGGUCAGGAGGGGAGGGUGCUGACCUGGAGCAGCUAAUCAAAAGACACGAAGAGUACCAUGUUCAGAUUGACAAGCAGCUCAACAAAUCACAGGCUGUGAAAGAUGAGGGCAAAUACCUCGUGGAGGAAGGCAACUUCAUGUGCCAAGAGUUGGAGGAGCGUCUUCUGGAGCUGCAGGAGCUGGAGACGCGGGUGCAGGAGGUUUGGGAGGAGAGGAGGGUGUUGUACCAGGAGGAACUGGAGAUCCUACAGCUACAGAGGGAGCUGGAGCAGGCGGAGCACUGGCUCAGUACCUACGAAGCUACUCUGAGGGCAGAGGAGUACGGGGACUCUGUGUCAGACGUUCUGGAGUUGAUGAAGAAACAGGAGGACUUGGAGGCUAUGAUUCAAGCCCAGAGUGACCGAUUCAGUGCCUUACAGAAGAAGAAAACACAGAGAGAGCAAAGAUUACAAGGCCUCCAUGGUGAUGAUGGAGACAAUUCCAGGAAGAAGCUUUCCAGGGUGACCUCCCUGAAGAGGAAACCGUCUGACCCUAAGACCCCCCGACCCACCGCCCCUAAACCCCUAAAACCCACAGACCGGGUCCGCAGAACCAGCACCAGCAAGACACCAGAUCCAGCUCCAUCUCCCUCCUCAUCCAUCUCCAGUAGCCCCCCUCCCAGCCCCGCCCCUAGGGCCCUGACCACCCAGAACCCUGCCUUUGUGGCCCCCUCUAGAUCCCCACGCUUCGCCCCUCCAGUCAACCCUCCUCCAUCCCCUCCAUCCUCUCCCACUACAGAGACCAGUAGCCACUCUCGCUACAGAUCCCAUAGAUUGUCAGUGAAGGAAGAAGAGUUGCCUCCCACAGAUAGACCAUCUAUCACCCCCAAGCCAAGGCUCUCCCUCAGAGAGAGGAAGUUAGCCAGGCAUGAGGAGCUGGCCCCAGAAACACCUGUGUCGGCCCCAUCGCCGACCUCACCGGAAUCAGCCUCAAAUGUAUCGCCCCCACUCUCACCUGUAUCGGCACCUGUCCCCUCUGAACAUCCUGAGCAGCCAGAUAACGAACCCACCACACCCCCUGAACUCCCUCCCCCCUGCAGAGACCUGCCCCCUUCCCCUGUACUGCUACACCACAGGAAACUAGAGGACCUACCAGAGGAGGUGGCUACGCUGUCAGACUCAAUAUCUGAUGUCAGAGGUCAAGUGCCUGUCAGAAUGGAUGGGAUGUUGGAGAUCAAGGUGAAACAAAGCGGAAACAAAGGUUUGGAGAACUGGGAUGCUGUCUAUGCAGUACUGGAGAGGGAGACACUCAAUCUUUUCAAAGACAGAGAUGCAGCUACAGAGAGGUCUUCCCUAUGGCCCCCCAUCAAUAUGGUUGGAGCAGUGUGUAAGGAAAACCCAUACUAUAGGAGAAAGGACCAUACCUUCAAACUAACUCUGGAUGAUGGAAGUCAGUACCUGUUUGCUGCCUCUAGCCGAGAGCAGCAGCUCAAAUGGGUAGAGGAACUUCAGAACUGCACCAAGUCUGGAAGCUCCUCUGACUCUGAGGAUUCUGGGAACUCCUCAAAGGACACAGUAGAUCACCAGAACUCCAAACAGGUCGACAUCAAUGAUGCUUCUGAGAACAAAGGGUUUCUCAGAGUUGGCUCCAGAGAAAGUGUUGUCUGCAAUGAACGUUUUGAGAGCGAUAGAGGGCCACCACCAAAGCCCCCCCAUACAUAUUACAACAAGCACCACUACCCUUCAGGAGGGGAGACCAAAGAUGAAGGAACUGUAAUAACCCAGAGCCUGAGUUCCCUACAGAGGAACCAUCCCCCCACCACCCAACCUCCUCUACCUCCACAAAGCCUCAAUGACCCUGAGCCCAAAGACAAACCCAAGAACAAGAGUGUCUUCAAGAAGCUCUUUGGAAAGUGAUUUGGGAUAUUUCCUGUGUUAUUAGAAUAGUCAUCUUAACAAUUGAUAUCUUAAUAUUACCUUUACAAUGUUCAAAUCAAAUGUCACAAUCUUUAUGUUGUAAACCAUUAGCAUUGGUUUAUGAUAUGUUAGCAACAAUUUAUAUGUUACUUUUCUCCUUGUGUUGAUCUACUCAAGACUGCUGCAUGCUCAUGAGAUUUUAUGCCAGUGCCUAUUUAAAAAGAGAAUUUAUUUAUUCCAUAGAAAUAAUUACAUUCAGUUGGCCUAUUUCAUUUUACACAACAUUUCAAUUCACAAUAAUUUACGAAUCACCACAUUUGGUAAUUAAAUUAAUAUAUCUGGUGUAGAAACAUACAGAUAGAUAAUCCUUACCUUGCUCAAACGAAGUUUUGCUUUAAUUAUGCAUUAUGUCAAUGACAGAUUUGCCAAUAUUAGAAUUAUACAUGUAUUUUAAGUAAAUAUGUGGCCGAUAUUUAAUUUUAUGGAUUAAAGGCCGCCAAUCUUGUUGAGAAAUAGUACAUGAUAUGAAGUUAAUUCUUAUCAUUAAAUAUUUUAGUCAGUCCAACGAAAUGAGAGGACUUUUUCAAAAGAUAGUAUAAUUUUUGCAAUUCAUUUUCAUGCCAUAAUUUAAUGGCAGUGUGAUUAGGAUGGAUGUACUUUCACCACUUCUACUUUAUACAUUUUGCAAAAGGCAUUCGGAUUUCAAUUAUUUUCGAUAGACUUCAACCAAGAAUAAACUAAAUGACUUAUUUCAGAUUGAGCAUGUGUUAGUAUAAUAAAAGCUUGCAUUCAGAUAAAAUUAGGGGACAAUUUUUCUCAUCCAAUAUUCCACAUUUAUUAUGCUUUUUUAUGUUGGCUAGUAGCCUAAUAUAUUUCACUUUUGAUCAUCUGAUUAAACGAUUAUGUAUGUUUUGCAGAUUCUGUAAAAAUACAUGUAUUUGUUGAACAUUUUUAAUUUCGCUGGAAUUGAGAAAUGCGUAAAGAAUUAGACUACAACAUACAACCAUACAAGAAGUGUCAGCAAAGUACAUGCCACAAACGACUGACCUUUCAGCAUUUUCUAUCCUAGGCCUUGCCUUCUUGAAUCAGCAACAUUUACUACCGCUUGAUGGCGUCAGAGACAAUGAAGCAACAAGACCGUCUAUUCCUCAAGUCUAUUCCUUGCAGUUCAAAAGUUAAUUCGAGAUGUUGCCAUUGAUUUAACAUCUUGAGUGUUGUCUAUUUGUGAUUGUUGCAUUUAACUUGUUAAACAAUUUGGGUAAUGCGCCAUGAUAUUUCAGGUCAUGCGUUUGAUCACCCAUUUGUUGUCGUUAGGCUAGACGUGUUGGUAGAAUAAAGGAAUGAAGGGA